CCGGCUCUUCGUCGGAAGGGGCGGGGCGGACGAGAUUGCCGCGCGGCAGCGGCUGCUCGGCAGCGUCCCCAGCUGUAGAUUUGGCAACCGCUGAGGAAACUUUUUUUUCUUCGGCUCGGCGUUUUCUGCCCCCCAUUUCCGCAGAAUCAGGAUUUCCGUUUCCCUCCCUUUGAAAACGAGGGGAAAAAACUCUCACAAACUCGGCGGGGCGAGCUGGUCUCCGCUCUUGGCUAGGCGACGCCUCGCUCGGAUCCGCGCAGCCGAGCAUGGAGCGAGCCGAAGCGGAGGAUCCCGAGUCCGGCGGCGCGGUUCCGCCGGGGGCUCGCCUGCUCCUAUCCUUCAAGGAGUUUCUGAGCUCCCGCAAAGGGAGGCUUCUGCUGGCCGAGGCGGUGCUGUCGUUCAUCAUCUUCAUCUGUUAUAUUGCCUCCUCUGCUGGGUCUUUCCUGAUUGUACCACUAUUAACUCUUCUGGCGGCCCUGUGUUUUUUCUUUGCCUAUUCUUUAAAGCUUAAUGAGAGGUUCAAAGCAGUCUAUUGGCUUUUGGCGGACUUUUUAUGUGGCAUCAUUGCUGCUAUUAUAUAUUUUGCCAUCUCGAUUGCCGCAGUCUCAAAAUAUUCUGACACAGCAUCCAAGGCAGCAGGAGUGCUUGGAUUCAUCGCCACAGUUGUCUAUUGCGUUUACGUCUACCUAACCUUUAAUGACCUGAUGACAUAUCUCAAGCAAGGAGAUUCUUCAGAUGCCCCUGAGCCACGUAAAUCAGAAGAUGAUGACUCCGAUUCAGAUUCCGACUGAAGCAACAGUGCCUUGAGAAGAUUGCAGAGCCAAAAGGGGAGGACAAUGGGCACACUCUUCUUUUAGCAACUGUAACCUUUUUAUGAACUUUUUAUUUCCAUUGUACAGAUCAUCACCCAAAGCCACUGCUGAGGAUAUGCUAGUCUCAUGAAAGACUUCCUCAGAAAAACUGCUGCUGUUUGAGCCUGGAUAUGUUUUUCUCUGUCUUUUCUCAUUCAGCACUACAAUGUACUGUUCAGUAAAUUUUCUUAACCUUUUUUUAAAAACAGACUAUAAUCAGGGUUGCGUACAUUGAUGAUUGCAUCAGACAAGCAUGAAACCUAUUCAGUACUGGACACAAAACUCUAAACCAGUCUGAACUUCAGCACUCUUUUAAAAAAUCAAUUCCUUAGAUUGAGAUUUUAAGCUAGAGAGAAAAAGGAAAUAUGAGAAAUGGAUUUUGUGUGUGCGUGUGCUGGAGACCCCUUUAUUAAUAGAUGCAGGAAAAAGGCUAUGGAGAAGACUUAAUAGAUGCAGGAAAAAGGCUAUGGAGAAGACGUAUUCCAACAUAAUUGAUGCUUUAUGUUACAUGCAGAUGCAUGGAAGCAUCCCAUUGUUUUUUGUUUAAGAAAAGCAGCAUUAGAAGAAUGACUAAGAGAAAUAGGGAUACUUAGUUUUGUCUUACCCACAAUUUCUGAACACCAUAUGCCUUGUCUAGACAUAGAGAUGCAAGGUUCCAAAGAAUCGGCUUGUGUUUUUGUUUUUUAGCAAGGGUUGUGGAAAAUAGCUGGAGAAGGGAACUUAUCAUACUACAUAUGAUAAGCAGGUGAGAAAGUGGAUAAGUGUCC